GGGAAGGGCGCCUGGAAACGGCGGAGCUGCCGCUCUGCAGGCGACACGGUUUGUUCUGGUUCUUUUCCCCUGGGUUCAGGAGCCAGAAGUCCUGGCUAUGCACACUCUGAGUUUAGAAACUGAAAAGUGACCACCAUCAACUUCACAGCGGCAAGGAUGGCGGGCGGAGACGCCUCCUCCUCUUCCUCUCCACCGAUCGCACCUUUGCCAGUGAAGUGGAGCCCAACAGCAUGAGAGAGACGACCACGGCGUCCCAGGCAGAGCGCCCCCGUAGCAGCUGGACUCCCUAAUGUCUUGACAGGCCGGUCCAGGGAGGUAGUGGUUUCCUUUCAAGGCCUAUUCAGUAAGAGCUAUGAAGUACACAGGACCUUUGGAGAGCCAGAAACUUGCCUUGGCACUGGAGCAUGCCUUAGCAAGAGAGGCCAAGAUUUGGAAGGUGCCAGUCUUCCAUGAUUUCACAUUGAAGGGCACAGACAUCUCUCCACUGUAUUAUGAGAAAGCAGUUGUGUGGAUUGGAGAAUUAAGCUCCCGGUUUCUGUUUUGCUCUGAAACAUUUGCCUUAGCGAUCAGCUUUCUGAACCGAUUGCUAGCAUCAGUAAAGGCACAGUUAAAGUACCUACGAUGCAUCGCAAUAGCUUGUCUGGUGCUUGCUGCAAAAAUCAAUGAAGAAGAUGAGAUAAUACCAUCAGUAAAGAAGCUUGCAGUGCAGAGUGGCUGUAAAUGUUCUCCAGCUGAGAUUUUGAGAAUGGAAAGAAUUAUACUUGAUAAACUUCACUGGGAUCUUUACACAGCAACAUCAAUGGAUUUCUUAAACAUUUUCCAUGCCAUGGUGAUGUCCAAGUGGCCCCAUCUACUAAAUGGGCUGCCUCAGAGGAAUCCUUCCCGCCAUGUUGCAUUCUUGACCAAACAGCUACAGCACUGUAUGGCAUGCCACCAAGUAUUGCAGUUUAAAGGCUCCACAUUGGCUUUGGUGAUCAUCACCUUAGAGUUGGAGAGGUUGACUCCUGACUGGUUUCCUGUAAUUACUGAUCUGCUAAAAAAAGCACAGAUUGACAGCACCCAGUUCAUCCACUGUAAAGAACUUGUGGACCAGCAGCUCCUGGGCUUCCAAACAUCCAAUGCUGUCUAUAUUUUCAACCCUGCAAGCCAAAACAUCCAAACUCACCUGGACAAAAGGUUAUCCUGCUGCUGUUAUUCCACAGUGAUGGAAGCAAUGCAAAUUAGCUCCCGAGUCAGAGGGAGCUGGCCAGGGUCAGCAGCUUCCACACUUUUCAGAGUCAAAGCCCAUGAAGGCAACAUGCUCACUGAUGAAUUCUAUGAUGGAUUCAAGUACCUGUACAAUGAGGAUGAGAUGCCAGAAGCUGGGAGGACCAGCAGGAUGGGCACUCAUUAUGAUCAGGGGCAGGAGGAAAGUAAUAGUGCUUGUCCACCAUUACAGCCUGCCCCUCAGUUUAACUAGUGAGGCCUACAUAGUGACAAGGGACCAGGUGACUCUAAAGACCAUUUCUAGUAUUUCAAAGGUUAAUAGAGCUGGGGUUUCCCCCCUAAAGAGCGCUUCCUAUUUUGUAGCAUCUAACUCUGCACCUUUUUAAAUGCUUCCUUUCAUUUAAGUAUGGUCACAAUAUAAAUCAAAAAGAUGCAGACCCGAACUAUGAACAGCCAAAAGACAAAAACCUCAGGGAUCAACAUUCAGCAGACUGAGCUUAGUGCUGUGCUUAGAAAUACAGAACAAACCCAAUUCCAGUAAGAAGUGGGAGUUUGCUGCAUUUCCACUUAGCUUCAGUGUUUGUUUUUAUUCAGACACUAUUUUUUCUCUCCUGCAGACUCUAAAUUGUUCUGUAUUAUUGAGCUGUGGGAUGAGUUCUCAAGAUUAGUUGUAGGGAUGGUUAGGGCUAAUGACAUGUUAACAAACCUUCUAGCUGAGCUGCAUGGGUCUGUGGGCCUGAUAUUUUGAGGCCUGGUUUAGACACUUACAAGCUAGAGACCAUCACUUGUUAAAUGGUCUGAGUCGGGCUUAAGUGAUAACAAAAUUGUGCCACAAGAAUCAAGCUUUAGUGAACUACUCAGUUUGAUGGCUGACUUCAAAGUCAAAGACAACUGGAUUGUUCAGCACACUUCAGGAUAGAACCUUACUGAAGACUCUGAAUCCAGUCUUCCUGAACCUGGUGUCUUCCAGAUGUUUUGGGCUUCAAUUCUCAACAUCCCGAGCCAGCAUAGCCAAUAUCAGGAAUGCUGGGAGUCCUAGUCCAACCCAUCUGGAGGGCACUUGAGGAAGGCUGUCCUAAUGCAUUAGCACUUUUCUUCACAAUGGAGUAUGCAACAUCUCUGACUUCAUCACCAGUUCUCUAUAAUAAGUUGAUGUCAGUAGAAAGUUGCACUUUGAAAAGAGAUUGGUUGCAGGAGAAGUUAUUUAAGUGUAACCUUAAAAAAGUGGAGGCAGCAUUUAAAACUUAUUCAUAUAUUAACAGAAAAAUGUAGUCUUGGACAUUGAUCUUGCAAAAAUUGAGAAGUCAUUUCCCCCCAUUCAUCUCUAGUUGAAUUCAUACAAUUCUAAUGCAUGUAAACUGUCGCUCUCUUAGUGCAAUGCUGUGCUAAAUCAGAUGUGAAUCUGGUCUGUCAAGUCAGAUAGGACCAGAUAGGGGAAAAAAGAAGCCUGGCACACACCCAAAGGUCAUGUACACUCUUUGCAUCAUAUACAGUUCAUCCAACCAAGUAGAUGAUAGUGAAGUCCUCUAUCAUCUGGUGCUUUAUUCCUCAAUUCAAGAAUGGGGCAACCCUGGGUUGAGACAUGUGAAAUAAGCUUGCUACCCAGGCCUGCUUCAUUCAACGAGUUUCAUUAUAAAGGAAUGACUGUUACACAGCAUCAAAGUGGGGCUUCUGGCACUUUCCAUUUCCUAUGUCAUCAAUAGGUAGAGAUGCAAUAUUUUUUGCAAAUGGUCUUUGAGUAUGGUACCAUUAUUGAAGACUUUAUUUAUGCCACACAUCUUUGGAACGGUGCAGAAAUCAGCAUUCUGAGAAUGUUUCCUUUCUGUUUUAAUUAAGCACUUCCAAGUCCCUACGGAGCAAUGCAAACUAUGCCUACAGCAACUGUGACCCACUCAGCUCAAAUCCACAAACCAUGCACUGUGAUUGUCAUUCCCCAUGUAUUUGUAAUCCAGGAAAUGUAAUGCAGAAAAGGGCAACUGAAAUGAAUCAAGGGGAUGGAGCAACACCCUUACCAGGAAAGAUUACAAUGCCUGGGACUGUUUAGCUUAGAAAAAAGGCAAAUGAGGAGAAACAUGAACAAGAUAUACAAAAUUAUGCACGGUGUAGAGAAAGUGUAAUACUGCAAUUUGGAUCAUCCUAUGAAGCUGAUUCAUGGAAGACUCAACACAGAUAAGUCUUUCUUCACACAGUGCAUAGUUAAACUAUGGAAUUCACUACCACAACAUGUAGUGAUGGCCACAAAUUUGGAUGGCUGCAUGUUAUCUCCAGUAUCAGAGGCAGUAAGCCUCUGCAUAUCAGUUGCUGGGGAACAUGAACAGGAGCAUGUGCUUGCACUCAUGUGGGCUUCCCAUAGGCACCUGGGUUGGCUACUGUGUAAACAGAAUGUUGGAUAAGAUGAACACUUGAUCUCAUUCAGCAUGGCUCUUCUUGUUCUCAUUAAUCCCCAUCAGGCAAUAAAAGCUGUCUUACUGAAGCUCUACCAGGAGACCAUGUCUGGUGAACUGCGUGAUGGAGAUAACAGUUCUAUAGCUUAGAGUCUUAAAUAUUUAUACCUAGCACCUUUCUAUGAUAGAAUCAGUUGUCCUGCCUUUCCUUCAAAGAGCUCAGAGCAGCAUAUGCAGUUGCUUCUCUGCUUAUCCUCACAGUGGUCCUGUGAGGCAGGUAAGGCAGAGAAGUGGUUAUUGGCAAAGGUCACUCAGUAAGCUUGUGCAGCCAAGUGGGGAUUUGAACACAGCCUUCCCCAGUUGGCAAAAUCUCUGAAACAAAGAGGCCAAAGCAGGAUUUCUCAGUGAUCCAAGGAGAGGUUUCAGUCCCCCAGGUAACAUAUUGGCCUUCUAAUGACUAACAAAAGCAGAAUAAGUUGUGGAAAAUGAGAAAAGAUACGCUUUUUUCCCCCUCAUAAAUUUACACAGAUCACAAAAUUUAGUUUUCCUUUCUUUUCCUUUAAGCAGUAUUUAUUAUUUAGCAUAUUAUUUUGAUGUUUUAAAAAGUAUAUAUACACAGCCUCAUCCAUGGUGGAUCAAAACCUUGAUUUAUCAGAUGAGAUUUCAUUGUAGGAAGCAUCUCCACGUUAGGGUGUUACAGCACACAUGUUCUGAGUUGCACAGUCGAAUUGGCUAUAGCUGUAUAAUGCUGCAGGGUAGGACAGAGCAAAAAUAGCUUACCUGUGACUAGGCCAGCCUUCCCAAGCUGGAGCCAUCCAGAUGUGCUGGACUACAACUUCCAUCACCCCAGCCAACAUGACCAAUGGUCCUGCUGGUUGGGAACUGUAGUAUUGCACAUCUGGAAACGGCAGUUUGGAGAAGACUGAACUAGCACCCACAAUACUCACAGAAACUGUAGAUCAGUGUGAGUUGCAGAUUUCAGCAAGCAUUUGAAAAAAAAGGAUAUUGGGUGGGAUUGCAGCUCCAUUAUUGCUGGAUGUGCACCCACUCUUUCUCCUUCACUGCCGGUUUUCCCACACACAUUGACAAUACUGCAGAACAGAUGUAUUUAUCACAAGAUACAAAUUCUUUGUGUUCAUGCCAACUGGUGGUUUCAUGCCAAAAAACUAUGUAUCAAGUAAUAAAUACAUCGAUAUGGAGAUGCUGGCUGUGUUUUGCAUGAAAUCCUUAAUGACGUUUGGUCUCGUAUAACUCAGUUGAGCCUACCUUAAAAAUAAAUAGGGUCAGAGAUGGCCCAACACACUCUGGUACUGGAAGCAGAAAAUAUAAAUACAUCCACUCUGACAGUAAAAUAAUAAUAACAUACUCAAUAUUCGAUAAAUCACUGUCCACUAAUGGUACCAAUGUCUCUGCAGCCUGAGGUUGGCUAUUCCACUUUGCUUAAUGAUAGGGCUAGAAGGGCCAAUAGUAUGGUGCAUGUGCAUUAGAUAUCUACAAAAUGGUACCAAAUGUACCAAGGUGAAAAUAUCCAUGUAAUGUUUAAUAUGAAUAGAGGGACCUUUCAAAGAUGACUGUGUAACACGGGAGCCAUAGAAUACCAUAGGUGAUGUGCUGAUUCUCAACCUACUGCCAGCUGGAUAGAGGCACACACCACUACAAAUGUUCAAGAGACAAAUGUUUGCUGUGUUAUUUAAAAAACCAAAUCACUUGUAACCAUGUGUCUGUCUGAGAAUUGCAGUCCAACACAUCUUCAGGGCACCAGGUUGAGGAAGGCUGAUAUGACAGACACUGGGCAUGCAUCCAUUCAGUUUCCCACACACAGCAUUCUCAGGCACUUUUCCUGUGGUAACUGCAUGCCUGAUGGUUGUGUGAAGAGUCCCCCUGAAGACCCAUGUGGCAGUGCGCAUUUCAACAAGGGUUGUUAUAUACCAGGGAAGCAGCAACGUGAAAGCUACCAACACCUCUCACCAAACUGUGAAUGUUCUGCUAAGUUCUAAAGAACUGAAAGCAGUGCCUUGGCAGCAGGGCAGCAUGAGAGCUGCUGACACACAGCAAAUAAGCUAGGAACACAGGAAUUUAAAUUAUGCAGCAUAUUAGGCUGCAAAAUCUGCUUGAGUCUUUCCGUAUGUCUGGAUGCCUAGUCUGUAGGGGAGAGCUUGAAACAAGCAGUUCUUGAUCUUGCUUUUCAGUUGUGGGACCAAAAGCACUGCCAUUUUCUUUGAUCACAAACUGUGACUUGACUGUUUGUAUUUUUCAUGUAGGCAAAAUGGGUUGCUUUUGUUUUAUAUUUUAAAAGGUGGGUGUUUCUCCUCCCCCAAUUUUUUUUGUCAUAAAUAAAAACGUAAUUGAAAUCUUUAACUUGA